AAUCGGAGCAGUGAAUAUUGUGCACCACUGACAUCGUUUGAUUGGAAUGACAUAGAUGUUAGCCUAAUUGGGACUUCAAGUAUCGACACAACGUGUACCAUUUGGCAAGUGGAGACCGGUCAAGCAGUUAGCGUUGCACGAUCAACGGAAGGUACUGUAAAGACACAACUGAUUGCUCAUGAUAAAGAAGUAUUUGAUAUUGCUUUUACAAGAAUGGCGAGCGGUCGCGAAAUAUUUGCUAGAGCCGAUGGAAGCCUAAGAAUGUUUGAUUUACGCCAUCUUGAGCAUUCAACAAUAAUGUUCGAAGAACCAUCACAUGCUCCAUUGCUACGCUUGGAAUGUAAUAAGCAAGACUGCAAUUAUAUCGCUACUUUUGUUCAAGAUUCUGCAGAGGUGAUAAUUCUCGAUGUACGCAUACCUUGUACACCUGUCGCAAAACUAGACAAUCAUCGUGGACGGGUAAAUGGCGUGGCCUGGGCACCACAUUCUUCAUGUCAUAUUUGUACAGCAGGUGGUGAUAGUCAGGCAUUAAUUUGGGAUAUUCAUACAAUGCCUCGGCCCGUUGACGAUCCUAUUUUGGCUUAUCAAGCUGGUGGUGAGAUUAAUCAGGUGCAUUGGGCGACUGCCUUUCCAGAUUGGAUAUCAAUUUGUUAUAAAAAUAUGCUAGAAAUAUUGCGAGUGUAA